AUGAAGAUCGGCAAGUAUCUUGUUACUAGUUUUACUAAUUUGGUACCGCCUAUGGUUGUACCUGAAAAUCCAAUCACUCUUCUUCGUAUGUUAAAUCGUCGACAAGCUGCCUUGUUUCUUGUCGCUUUUUUUGCGUGGACAUUGGAUGCUUUCGAUUUCUUCUCUGUUACUCUCAAUGUCAUCGAAAUUGGUAAAACAUUUAACAAAACUGUAGCGGAUAUCACUUGGGGUAUUACUGUAACACUAAUGCUUCGUUCAGUGGGUGCCAUUCUCUUCGGUAUUGCAGGCGAUCGAUUCGGUCGUAAAUGGCCAUUUAUUGUUAAUAUUGUGUUCUAUGCAACACUCGAAAUCCUAACAGGAUUUUGUACAACAUACGGUCAGUUUAUUGUUUGUCGAGCUUCUUUCGGUGUUGCUAUGGGUGGUAUAUAUGGUAAUUGUGCCACUACAGCUCUUGAAGAUGCACCACCCACGACAAGGGGCCUCUUGUCAGGUAUAUUGCAACAGGGUUAUGCACUCGGUUUCAUACUCGCCGCUGUCUUCAAUCUGGCAAUUACAAAUAAUCAAUGUUACGGUUGGCGAGCACUUUUCUGGAUAGCAGGUUUUCUUCCACUGCUUGUUGCUCUAUGGCGCGUCUUCUUACCUGAAACGGAAGAAUUUCUUCGUGUCAAGGAAGCACGCAAAAUCGACAAAGCCAAAGACGGAGAUGGCCAUGAAGUAUCUGCAGUGCAAGCAGUCAUCAAUUCAAUUCGUCCUACACUUGCUCACUAUUGGCUAACACUCAUCUAUCUCAUUCUCAUGAUGAGUGGAUUUAACUUUUUAGCACAUGGUAGUCAAGAUCUGUAUCCAACUUUUCUUAGCAAUCAACUAAGAUUUUCACCAGGUUUUGUUACUCUUACGACAAUAGUCGCAAGUUGUGGAGCUCUGGUUGGUGGUUCGUUGAUUGGCUACUUUUCAAGUUUCUUCGGUCGACGACUAUCUAUUAUUGUUGUUCUAAUUGCUGGUGCUGCUCUUAUUCCGGCCUAUCUUCUUCCACGAAAUAAAAGCAUUAUGGUCGGUGCAUUUUUUCAACAGUUGUGUGUACAAGGUGCUUGGGGUGUUGUACCUAUUCAUCUCAUGGAACUGUCACCAGAAGAAUUUCGUUCAUUCGUUGUCGGUACUGCCUAUCAAUUAGGUAAUCUCAUCUCUUCAGCUUCGUCGACCAUUGAAGCCACACUUGGACAACGUUUUCCCUUGGAAUCAUCACAUGAUACUUCAUCUGAUCAUCGAUUUGAUUAUGGUAAAGUCAUGGCUAUUUUCUUAGCUUGUACUUACGUAUAUUUACUCAUCAUUAUUUUACUCGGACCUGAAAAAAGAAAUACUAAAAAAGUUAAAAAAACUGAUGUCGAGCUUGUCAAUCAAAAUGCAAAGGACGAUGGUGUUCAAUCCAAGUUAUUAACAACACCCGAAGAUAUACGAACAGCGGCAAAAGCAUAA